CUCGGAGGCGGCCGCGAUGCUCCCCUCCUCGCAGGAGUCGCUGGAUGGAGAUGAAAAGGAGCUAGAGAGCAGCGAGGAGGGUGGCUCCGUCGAGGAGCGGAGACUCGAGCCGCCUCCCAGCAGCCAUUACUGUCUCUACACCUACCGCGGAAGCAGAUUAGCACAGCAACGAGCGGACAGUGAUGAUGGAAGCACAAAUGACACAAGUGCCGAAACUCCCUCUGGUGAUGAUUUCAGCCUCUCCUUGGUGGAUACUAAUCUACCGUCUGAAGUGGAACCAGAACUGCGCAGUUUCAUUGCUAAGCGUCUUUUGAAGGGAGCUGUCUUUGAAGGGCUGGGUAAUGUUGCAUCUGUGGAGCUGAGAAAUCCGGGUUACCGAGUUGGUUGUUAUUACUGCCUUUUCCAACAAGAAAAACUGCUUCCUGAAAUAACAACAAUGGACUGUGAACAUAACCCUGCAGAGUACGUGGUCUGUUUUUUAGGAGGUUCUGAAAAAGGACUUGAGCUUUUCAGGCUUGAAUUGGACAAGUACAUUCAAGGGCUGAAAAAUGACAUGAACUGUGAGGAAAGGGGCCUGGAGAACCACAUAAAGUCUUAUCUGAGCAGCUGGUUUGAGGAUGUUGUGUGCCCAAUCCAAAGGGUGGUUCUUCUCUUUCAGGAGAAGCUUACCUUUCUGCUACAUGCUGCUUUGAAUUAUACUCCUGUUGAAGUUAAGGAAUCAGAUGAAAAAACAAAGAGAGACAUUAACAGGUUUCUGAGUGUGGCCAGUCUUCAAGGACUUAUUCAUGAAGGCACUAUGACAUCUUUGUGCAUGGCCAUGACGGAGGAGCAGCAUAAGUCUGUGGUCAUUGAUUGCAGUAGCUCCCAGCCUCAGUUCUACAAUGCAGGAAGCAACCGGUUUUGUGAGGAUUGGAUGCAGGCUUUUUUAAAUGGUGCUGAAGGGGGUAACCCUUUUCUUUUCCGACAAGUACUGGAGAACUUUAAACUAAAGGCCAUACAAGACAUAAACAAUUUGAAGAGAUUUAUCCGACAGGCAGAAAUGAAUCAUUAUGCUUUGUUUAAAUGUUACAUGUUCCUAAAGAACUGUGGUAGUGGAGAUAUCCUUUUGAAGAUUGUUAAAGUGGAACAUGAAGAAAUGCCUGAAGCCAAAAAUGUGGUAGCUGUUCUUGAAGAAUUCAUGAAAGAAGCACUUGCCCAAAGUUUUUGAUCAUAUGUUUUGAGAUAAUUGUAAUAAUGUGAAGCUGUGUACAGUGUCCAAGCCUUAGUGUUUGAAAUUGCAGUUGUUAUCAUUGUUCAUAGGAUUGCUAUUGAAGAUUAUUUGAAACUCAUUCCAGAUUUUUUUUUUUUUUGACUUUUAAAAUUUAACUUAAUUGAACAUAAAAAUCUGAGGUGCAUCUUCACUGAGUCCUAAAUAGAUAUGCUGUUGGAGUUGUGGAGUUUUAGUAUAUCUCUAGUCCCGUAAAUUCUAGACUUCAGGAAGGUGUUGCUUUAAAAAACUUUAGAGUUGAUUUUGUGGCUUCUCUCAGGAGUUUGUUGCAGUAUUUAGCACCUUUUUUCCCCAGAAAAAUCAUCAUACUUCUUUCUCAAUGGAUUGUAGCUUCUUUUAAAAAAUCUGAUCCUAGUUUUAGGACACUACACCAUUUCAAAGACAGAUCUGUGCAUCCUCUGGGCACCUGAUACAUUUUUUUGUUUGAUUGUUAAUGGCAUGGAUGAUGAAGCCAGCUUUUAAGUCAAUAUGUAAAUAAAUCAUAAAUGUGUAAGAAAUUAAAUGAGCUUUAAAAAUAGAUGCACUAGUUUCAAUAUAAAAUACCAUCUUUGAUGGAAAGCUACCACAGAAGUGGCCCCCAUCACCACAUUUCUUUAUUCACUUGGUCACAGGUAUUUGCCAAGAGCCUGUAUUUUCUUUUUUCUAUUAAAUGAAAAUGUUGGAGUUUUUAAAGUGUUAGAAAAGAAACAAAGUACAUAAACUUUGCAAGCAAACCGUAACAUAAGGAAUGCAGAGAUUCUUCAUAUCAGAGUUACUCACUGAUUUUAGUUUUUUGUGCAUUUGUUACAAGCCUCAGAUUGUCUUACUGUGAAUCGAUUGAAAGUGCCCUCAGCUAGUCAUUUAUAAUUCCCAUGGAAGCCAAAUGUAGCUGCAUACGUAUGCUAGUAACUUGUUCUGCAUAGCUCUUUAAUAAAUUCAGUUGAUAAUGAUUUUUGUUUAGAAGAUCAGAAGUCUUGUGUUCUCACUGCUCUCAGAAUGCUCAGAGGAAUACAAGCCUGUAAACUGAGGAAUCCUCUCUUAAAUGGACCUAAAUUCACCUUAACUGCUGAGUUUGGAAUUUCAGAAUGACUGACAAUAGCUUUCUGCUCUCUCCUGCAUAAGUCUAGGGACAUGAUUCACCAAAUCAUUUCUUUUUCUUUAAUGAGAAAUACAAUUCAGGAUCUUCAUAAAUGCUUUCAUAUGGUUUUAAACUUUAAUAACUUGGAUUAUAGGCAAUAUAGAAACAAAUCUAAGUGGGGUUUUUUUGUAGUAUUAAAUUCAGGAUGACUAUGGGAAAUCAGUAAUUUUAUGACACUACCCUUGAAUCCAACUCUUUUUAAUGUGCUUGGUUGCUCACUUGGAAAUAAGCAACAUUAGGACAUCAACAUUUUGAGUCUGGAAAACAUAUUUUUCAUUUUCAAAUUCAUACGUCAUUCAAGAGUCUAUGUUGUAAUUUGCAAUUAAAAGCAAAUGUAUUACCUGCUUCAAAUCAUUUAUGGAUACAGGCAAGGUAUAAUUAUGUAUUCUCUGUGUGUUUGUAUAUAUUUUUUGUAAUGUAGGCUCACUAUAUUACACAGUUGUAUACGAUAGUCUUAUUUUACUUUUUUUUUUUUUUUUUUUUUUUUGUCUUUUUCGUGACCGGCACUCAGCCAGUGAGUGCAGCGGCCAGUCCCAUAUAGGAUCCGAACCCGCGGCGGGAGCGUCGCCACGCUCCCAGCGCUGCACUCUCCCGAGUGCGCCACGGGCUCGGCCCCGAUAGUCUUAUUUUAAAAAAUAAGCCAUGACAAACUGUAUAUCAGUACUAUAGACAAGGAAAAUGGUGUCAGAAUUGAAUAUCGUUGGUCGUGAGAAGAAACUCGGAGCUCAUGACCAGAAACAUGUACCAUAUUCAAAUUUUAAUAAGCUAAUGUAUUAACGUUUAAAAUUUUAAAAAGGAUUUGUUCAGACAUGGAAUUAAUUUAUGUAUUAU